AUAAAAUAGCCUGUAAAUGUCAGAUGGCUGCAGAGUCAAAGAGUUCUGUGAACACGUGGUAACCUUUUUCUCUGGAGCAGUAAAGACACUGAAACCUUCCCUCUUGUCUCAUUUGUUUCAGUCUGUUGUUCCCCCACCCACACUGUUCCUCUCUCACAUGCCUGACUUUUCAUUUCUAAAACUCUCCUCACGCAUCCACAGCUUCACCUUCUUCAUUCUGUCCUCCUUCAUUCACUUGUUUUCAUGAUUGGACUGGAGGAUCUGCUCAGCAAACACCAUGAGGACCAAAGCGUUCCCAGGUCUGUCUUUAUUCAUGCUGGCUCUCCUGAUUCCUGCAUCUUCUUCGAGUAAUUCAACACAAACUAGCCCCAUCAAUCACUCCUCUGCUCUCCCAAACGACACAACAACAUCUGCUGAAGAUCCUUCAUUUACUACCACACAAGCACAGGAAGAGGACAGCACAGCCUCAACUUGGCCAUCAGUCUCAUUGUCACCUAUCCCUAAAAUGAUUGAACUUUAUCCAUCUACCUCAGCAACAAGCCAAAACACAACUGCUCCCCCCAGUGAACACAGUAAAGGCUGGUUAGUUUUGAUUCUGCUGGUCAUUCUGGUGUUGGCCGUGGUUGUGGGAUGCUUCCACGAGAUAAAGAACCAGCAGCCAGGUCAGGAAAGCGCUGUCACCAGGUUUCUACUGGGUGUGAGAGACAGACUGAGGACCAGGAUCGGUACCCUGGAGGACCGGAUGGGUGUUCAUCUGUGGCCUGGAGGGAAGACAGGUGAGGAGGAAGAUGUGGAAGAAGCAGACGGAGGACGGACAGAGGAGGCAGGACAGCAGACAGAUGGAAACAGAGAAGGACGGAGUAGUGAAACGAGCAAUGAAAACAAGGAAAAAGACAAGGAGGAAGACAGCGAAACUUCAGAUGAAUGCUCCAGUGUGGAAGGGGAGGAUCUGAGGGAGAGUGUGCUGAACAGACAGGAGGAAGAGGAGAAGAACCAGAGCAAGGCUGAGGAUGAAGAGGACACCAGCAGUGGAAGUGAUGAAGGUCAGAGUGCUGCAGAGGGAGACAACGGUGGAGAUAAAAAGGCCGACUCAGAAGAGAUAGCGCUGAUGAGCUGUCCACAGGAAGACGAUGAAAACAUUGAUUUAUGUGAUGUUACUGUGCUGUAGUGAAACAAAGCAUGAUUGGAUGAAGCAGGAAGAGAUGCCUGGGAAAGGAUCACAUUCAGAGGAAACAUGGUCAUGAUGGUUUUAAGAAUGUAGUUUUACGGAAGCUUAGAGGUUUUCUGUUUGUCAGGUUUUUGUUGGUUAAACAAACUAAAGGUGUAAUGUAAUGUCAUGCACAGGGAAUAUAGUCAGAAUGUAUGUGGUGACCUUCAAAUAAACUGUUGAAAUGUUUAUUUUCAAUGCAGUGACUGUUUUCAGGGGGCAGGACAGCAGAAAGAUGAACAGAGAGAAGGAGAUAAAUUGAUCAGGGAAUUUGAGAGUGUGACUGGUUGGACUGUAGUAAAUGUCUGGUCAUUAAAGAUUCCAAUGUUUCUGCUGAA